AUGGCACCAGUUGAAAGUACUCAUUUUGAGACUCUGCAGCUCCACGCUGGACAUGAACCAGAUUCUGCAACAAAUGCGAGAGCUGUACCAAUCUAUGCUACUACACCGACUGUCGAUGUUUUUGAAAAGCGGAUGGCAGCACUUGAGAAUGGACGAGGCGCGGUUGCAUCUUCAUCUGGCCAAGCAGCUCAAUUUAUGACCUUUGCCGCAUUGGCGCAUGCCGGCGAUAACAUUGUGUCAACGACGAACCUUUAUGGAGGAACAUACAAUCAAUUGAAGGUUUUCCUUCCAAGAUUGGGCAUAAAGACCAAAUUCGUCCAGGGAGAUAAGGCAGAGGACUUCAAGAAGGCUAUUGACGAAAAUACAAGAGCUGUUUUCAUCGAAAGUAUUGGUAAUCCAAAAUAUAACGUUCCCGACUUCGAGGCUAUUGCCAAAGUUGCACACGACCAUGGAGUCCCUCUCGUCGUCGAUAAUACAUUCGGAGCAGGUGGCUAUUUUUGCCGGCCUAUUGAUCACGGAGCUGACAUUGUCGUGCAUUCUGCGACGAAAUGGAUUGGCGGACACGGAACUACAAUUGGCGGCGUGGUCAUUGAUUCAGGCAAAUUUGAUUGGGGCAAAAAUGGCAAGCGAUUCCCAGCGAUGGUUGAGCCAUCUGAUGGAUAUCACGGAUUAAAGUUCUGGGAAACGUUUGGACCUGAUACUUUCCUUACUCGCUUACGAGUCGAGAUUCUUCGUGACUUGGGAAGUUCAUUGAAUCCAUUUGGAGCAUUCCAAUUGAUUCAAGGUCUUGAAACUUUGAGCUUGAGAGGAGAGCGACAUGCUCAGAACUCAUUGGCGUUGGCAAGAUGGCUUGACAAGAACCCACACGUUUCUUGGGUGUCAUAUCCAGGGUUGGAAAAUCAUGAAUCCCACGAGCUAGCUAAGAAAUACUUGCCCCGUGGAUUUGGUGGUGUCCUGAGUUUCGGAGUUAAAGGUGGAGGAGCAGCUGGUAGUCAGGUGGUUGAUGGCUUCAAACUGAUUUCUAACUUGGCUAAUGUUGGAGAUUUAAAAACUCUGGCUAUUCACCCAUGGUCUACCACCCACGAACAACUUUCUGACGAUGAAAAGUUGGCUUCUGGUGUCACUGAGGAUCUUAUUAGAAUUUCGGUUGGCACAGAACAUAUUGAUGAUAUAAUCAAGGAUUUCGAGCAAUCAUUCGAAUCAGCAUCUGCGGCGAAGACAACGGGUGGUAACGAGUCCAACGUCGGGAAGACUGGUGAUACUGGUGUUGACGCGAAAUUGGUUAUUUAA